AUGGCGAGCGACGAAGCAAUCAUACCGAUCGAGAUCCCUACUUACGGGUCUGUGGACCACAAGUUCAAGACCGACAUAACUGUCACUGCUACUGCUAUCGAAUCACCCGACUCACCCAAGCCGCGUCCGACGAUCCAACUCCAAGGACGCCGAAGAACGACGUCGUCUUUGGGCCAACCCGAGCAAGCGAAUCCGUAUUCAGACACCAGCGAUGACACUCUCACGCAGAUUGGCAACUUGAUCAAGAAGGUUCACGGCUUCUCAAUCAUCACGCGAUAUGCGCUUUACGUGUUGCCAGUCGCAACACUUCUGGUCAUCCCUCUUGCUCUUUUCGAUACCGUGUACAAGGAUGCAAGAGCUGGGAACAUACGACUUCUCGGCCUCUUCAUCUGGUUGGAGAUAGUCUGGGUUGGCUUAUGGAUCUGCAAGCUGCUGGCCAAAGCACUGCCUCUUAUCUUUCAAGCAGCUUGUGGACUAAUCAGCACCGGUAUCCGAAAGUACUCGCUGGUACUGAUGGCUCUUGAGAUUCCUCUUAGCUUGUUCUUCGCCUCAAUCGCAAAUUGGGCAACUGUUCCUGUUAUCUGUUCCUUCGAUCAUGGUCAUUGCGGCGACAAGUGGGUACAAACACUUCAUACGGUUUGUCUUGCUACCAUCGCGGUCGCGGCGGUCUUUUUAGCCGAGAAGUUUUUCGUCCAGCUCAUCAGUAUCAACUAUCAUCGUAAGCAAUACGACAGAAAGAUCAAAGAUUCGAAGAGGUUGAUCUCUAUCUUGGACAUUAUGUACGAUGCUUCUCGACAGCUCUCUCCACCUUUCUCACGCGAGUUUGCGGACUUGGACUAUGAUAUCUUCGACCCUGACACCUCGGGCAUCAAGAAAAAGCUCGGUCAAGCUGGUAUCCGUACCACUGUCAUCAACGAUAUCGGCCGUGCCAGAGAUAAGGUCACGUCGGCAUUCGGUAACAUCGCUUCGGAAAUCUCAGGAAAAGCCAUCUUCAAUCCAAACUCCGCCCAUUCCAUCGUCAUCAGCGCCCUGGAGACUCGUCGUGCGUCCAAGGCACUGGCGCGUCGCCUUUGGCUUAGCUUUGUACCCGAAGGCAAAGAUGUGCUUCUUGUACAAGACAUCCGCGACGUUCUUGGGCCCGCUCAAGCUGAAGAAGCAGACGAGAUCUUCAACGCUCUUGACAAAGACUGCAAUGGCGAUGUCAGUCUGGAUGAAAUGAUCAUGCUAGUAAUGGAAGUCGGACAAGAACGUAAGAACAGAGCUUCAAGUAUGCACGACAUCAGUCAAGCCAUCGAGGUGCUCGACCGCAUGCUUGUCGUCGUCGUCUUCGUCGCUAUCGCCUUUAUCUAUGCCGCUUUCUUCAGCAAGACUUUGGCUACGAAGACUGCUCAACUUUGGUCUGUACUUACUGGUCUGGCUUUCGCUAUUGGUGGUACAGUCACUGAGUUUCUUGGUUGCUGCAUCUUCCUUUUUGUCAAGCACCCUUACGAUGUUGGCGACAGAGUCGACAUUGACAAGACUGAGCUUAUUGUUGAGCACAUCUCAUUGAUGUACAGUGUGUUCCGCCGCGUCGACAAUGACAAGACUGUGCAGAUUUCACACAUCGUCGCCAAUGGACACUGGAUUGAGAACGUAUCCCGAAGCAAGGCAAUGAAGGAACGCAUCACUCUCGGAGUAUCUGCCAACACUACUUCAGCAGAGAUUGUCGCUUUGCGUAGCGACCUCGAAGAGUUUGUCAGAUCUCCGGAGAAUGCCAGGGAUUACCAACCGGGUCUUGACGUCGAGGUUGUCGGUGUUGGCAACCUCAGUCAUCUUGAUCUCAUGAUUGAAAUCAGACACAAGUCAAAUUUCUCGAACGAAUCAUUACGUGCGUCUCGCAGGAACAAGUUCAUGGUUGCUCUUCUCAGCUCUAUCAAACAUGCAGGUAUAGAAGCACCGGCUUAG